AUGCCUCGCCAUCAUCUCCUCCGCCGACACCCACACCCCACUGCUCCAGAAGAAUCCCCCUCCGAGUCCACUCAACCACGUCCAAGUAGAUCACGACUGGGCCAACAUGCAGCGGGACAGUCUCAAUUCCAGACACCACCGUCGCAGGGUAUUCCCCAGCUACAUCCUUCAUCGGGACCCAUCGAGCCGGUCGAAUCAGCGCAUCCAGCCGCCGCCGCCCAAGCGGCUCUCUUCUCCCUAUUUGGCCGAGGAGUCGCAGGACGUCCACGGACACAGUUGAUGGAAGACGACGAGGAAGAAGACGACAGUCAAUUCGAAGAUGAAGACGAGCACGACGAAUACAACUCGCAAGAGAACGCAGAUCACGAAGCUCAACUCUCCGAAGAAGACAUGGAGGGGAUAGUCGAGGACGACCUGGAGGUAAUAGACGAAGACGAAGAUGAGAUCAUGCACGAUCGAGCAAGAUCGCCAUCCCCGCUCCCCAGCAACCUCCGCGAAAUCUCCUCUCUCGCUUCAUGGACCGUCUCGACCCAUAAACCCGGCUGUGGCGUCUCGGCCCUACGACACCCCUCGCCGACGCAGUACUGGCAAUCCGACGGCCCCCAGCCGCACACGCUCACUCUGCACUUCUUCAAGCUGGUCGCGGUGGUCAAAAUCCGGGUGUACCUCGACUUUGACCUAGACGAGAGUUACACCCCCACGAAGAUGACGUUUCUCGCCGGUAUGGGCGGGAACGACCUGGUCGAGUUUGCGACGUGGGAAGAUGAGACGCCGUGCGGAUGGGUUGAUGUACCAUUAGAAGGCGUGGGGGGACGAGACGGAGGAUGGGUGCGGAAGAAGCGGCGGAAUCGAGCGCGGAAAGGCGGCAAGGGGAAGUCCUCGGCGUGGCCGGACUAUAUGUUUUCUGAUACGGAGAAUCCGGCGGAGUUCAACCUGGCUGCGUAUGAAGAUGACGAUGAGGAAACUGCUAUCGAAGACGACGAGGACGAUCCGUACGCGGGGAGUGUGCUUAAGGCGAUGGUGAUCCAGAUGCGUGUGAUGGAGAAUCAUCAGAAUGGUAAGGAUACGCAUGUGCGCGGGUUCCAGGUCUUUGCGCGGGAUGAUGAGCGUCGGCGGAUUGGCAAUGCGCCGUCUGCUUCUGCUGAUGGGAGGAUUCGGAGGCACAGUAUGCGGAAGUCGCUUCGUGGGGCGGCGGAUGAUGGGACCGAUGGGCGUGGUGUCCAUGGGGAUACAGACCCGGAUAAGGUUGCUGCUCUGGAAGAGCCGGAUUGGAUGGGGGAGCCUGUCAUUCGGUAG